CUGCUAGGGGUGGAGUGUAAGGGGCGGCUGGCCAGCCUGCAACCCCUUCCACACCUCAGUCUUCUCCCCCGGGGGUCCCCCCUCACGCGGGGCGCCGGCGCCUCCAGGGGAGGCGGGAGGGGACUCAGGGAGGAUGAGGGGGAUUCGUUUGACUUGUCCUAUCCACGCGUGACCGGCCUUCGCGUGACCGUGUGGCAGGCACGUCGCUGUGGGACACUGCGCGAGCCCCGCCGACUCCCCUCCCCACAGCGCUGUGCAGUGGACUGAGCGGAGCUGCCCGGCUCGCGAGGCGCCCACGGGGAGAGCUGGGGCUGCCCAGUGGAAGCAGGGACCUCUGCUCCCAUCCAGUGCAUUGUGGACAGUGCUUUGAGUAGAAAUCAAGGUUACGUAGUGAAUGAAGUUUUGAUCUCUGAUAAUAGACGAUAUGUGGAUUUCAUGUCCAGCAUGGCUGAGAAGAGGAGCUCAAGUGGACAACCACUCCUGCUGUUGCUGAUCAUUGCUGUGGCCUUUGCAUAUUUAACUGUCUGUCCAUUUACAAAAGUGGAGGAGAGCUUCAACCUCCAAGCCAUCCAUGACAUUGUGUACCACAGACUGGACUUGGAGAAGUACGACCAUCAUGAGUUUCCUGGAGUUGUCCCAAGAACGUUUCUUGGACCAGUCUUUAUUGCUGCGCUUUCCAGCCCAGCUAUAUUCGUGCUGUCUAGCUUGCAAAUGUCCAAGUUUUACUCACAACUGAUAGUCCGAGGAAGUCUGGGGCUUAGUGUGAUUUAUGCACUAUGGAAGUUAAAGAAAGAAGUCAGAAAGCAGUUUGGAUCAACUGUAUCGACGAUCUUCUGUCUAAUAACUGUUACUCAGUUUCAUCUAAUGUUUUAUUGCACUCGAACACUUCCCAAUAUGUUUGCACUUCCUGUUGUUCUCUUGGCACUUACAUCUUGGAUACAGCAAAAGCACGGACCAUUUAUUUGGUUCUCAGCACUGGCAAUUAUUGUCUUCAGAUCAGAGCUCUGUAUCUUCUUGGGCCUCAUGCUUCUGGUGACAUUAUUAAGUAAAAGAAUCCCCAUUUUAAAGAUGCUUUCCCAUGCUGUUGCUGCUGGCAUUGUUUGGUUGGAAAGAACUUGUAUAGGGGCCGGAAAAUGCUGCAUGUUUCAACUUGCAACGUUUCCUAGAGUGCACUAUUAUGGACUAACAGUUGCUGUGGACUCCGUAUUUUGGAGGCAGCUUCUAUGGCCGGAGGGGAAAGUGCUUUGGUAUAAUACAGUUUUAAAUAAAAGUUCAAACUGGGGAACUUCUCCUUUCUUGUGGUAUUUCUAUUCAGCCCUGCCUCGUGCUUUGGGAUGCAGCAUUAUAUUUGUGCCUCUAGGUGCAGCAGACAAAAGGACUCGGGUAUUAAUUCUACCAACGCUGGGUUUUAUUUUUUUGUAUUCUUUUCUCCCACAUAAAGAGCUGCGGUUUAUCAUAUACACUUUCCCCGUCUUCAACAUAGUGGCUGCCAAAGGUUGCACACGAAUUUUGCAUAACUACAAAAAAUCCUGGCUAUAUAAACUCGGAUCGCUGUUGGUUAUGACACAUCUCCUAAUUAAUGCUGCUUAUUCAGGAACAUCGUUAUAUGUUUCACAUUUCAACUACCCUGGAGGAGUUGCAAUACAGAAAUUACAUGAGUUGGUGCCUUCAACAGCAGAUGUCUCUGUCCAUAUUGAUGUGGCUGCUGCACAGACUGGAGUUUCUCGAUUUUUGGAAGUCAACUCGAAUUGGAGGUAUGACAAAAGGGAAGAUGUUAAACCUGGGGACCAGAUGAUGUUGUCUUAUACACACAUUCUAAUGGAAAUGGAUCCCAUUCAAGUAUCUCGUUACAAGAUGACCCAUCGGCCACUUGCACAUAUAUCAGGCAUCGACAGAAUUGGGUUGAACCUUACCACACUACCUCCUUUUACUUUAAGCUUAAAAACAAAAUUAAUACUGUUGGAAAAGCUUACUCGCUCUUCUUGACCAUAAGGAAGUUUUCUGACAUAACUUCACUGAUGACUUGAUAAUCUCCAAAAUAAUUGCAAUUUGCCUAACAAUGCAAUUCAGCAGCUAUGGAAAAAAUACAAUCUUUGUACUGAUUAACUUAUUUACCUAUACAGCUGUUUCUUACAUAAAUUACAGAAAGCUUUCUAAUGUUAUGUAAAUCCAAUCCACAUCAUGAUUGAACUGUAUAUUGUAUGUAUCUUCUUUGAAACAUUUUCAAGGUCAGCAUUAUUAAAUAAUUUGAUUUUUUUUGGCCUGUUUACCAAUGCAAUAUAUACAUGUCUUUAAAUGCCUGGUAUGAAAAAUAUAAUGGAGCAGGCGUAUGCUAUUCUGUGGUAUUUAAUCCUUGGGCAUUACAGAUGUACUGCUUGCUGGUUCUACUGUAUAAAUUGUGAUUUUUUUUCCCCACUAAAUUGCUAUGUGAAACUUUAAUAAUCUCAUUUUGUAUCAUAGCAAAGCCACAUUCAUUGUAGCUUUGUCACUAUAUAUAAUUGUGCUUUGUAAGCUGUUAAAUAAUUAAAGUUACAAGAACCCA